UUUUCGGCUCACACACUUCUAUUUGCAAUUAUUAUUUACCAGCGAUAUAAAGAAGAUUUACGUAAAUUUGCGAUAUGUAAAAUUUAAAAACUUUAUAAAUAGUAAUGUAUAAAUAUGACUGUGUUUCCUUCUGGAAAACAAACCGAAGAUCUUUACAAUGGCUCUCCGUCGCGAAUCGUUUUGGCAAAACCUAAAUUAGGUGGUUUUGGUUCAUCUGGAUUACCAAGUUGUUCUAAUAAGGGCACUAAUCAAUUGGGAUCAGUGUUACGCCCACCUCAACUAAAACCAACAUGUAAUCUAUUUGCCAAAAUAACUACGGAAGAGCUAAAUGUGGAUAAGAAAAUUCAUGGCGAGGCAGUGGCUAGUACACAAGAUAGUAACGACGACGAAGACGAAAGACCUAAAUUUGUCCCACUGGGAAGUACUAAUGCCACUCCCAAGACUAAUACCGCCGUAACCGCACGCGUAUCUUCCGCUUCCACACCAUCGGCAGGUUUUGUUUUCGGACAGAAUUUAAGCGAGAGAGUCGUCAUGAAAGAAGCCCUGAACGAUGGAGAAAGUCAAGACAAUCACACUUCCACCAAUGGAACACCUGAACUAUUGUUUUCGAGCGCCGCGGCCACCGUCAAAGAAAAUCCUCAGGAGGACCCCGGGCCCGGCGAGGGCAGAUCGGAGAGUUUGGCCGCGGCGGCCGCGGAGUACGAGCGGUCGCACGCCCGGCCCCCGCCCCCCACCUCCAACUGCACCACCACGGGCGAAGAGGGCGAGACCAACGUGCUGCAGAUGACGUGCCGGCUGUUCGCGUGGGAGGCGGGCGGGUGGCGCGAGCGCGGCCGCGGCGUGCUGCGGCUAAACGACGGCGCAGGCGGCGGCGCCCGUCUCGUGGCUCGAGUGGCAGGCUCCUUGCGGGUGGCGCUCAACACGCUGCUGUGGCCCGACAUGGUGCUGGAGCUGGCCGGCGCCAAGUCUCUGCGCAUCACCGCCGCCGACGCGCAGCUGCAGGUCAAACUGUUCCUCAUCAUGGGAGCGCCGGGUGACAUCGGCCAGCUGCACAGGGCGCUGCAGACGCGCGUGACGAGGAUGAAGCGAGCCGCCGCCGACGGAGGGAGCGGGCCCUGCCCGGACAGACUCCGGGACGCCCCCGAGACGACGAAUCCCGAGGGCGAAAGCCAGGAACCGUCGGAUGAAGAAAAGGAAUCCGCGUCGCUGAAGAGGAGAGAAGAGUCGGAGGAGGGGACUUCGCCUAAGAGACCUUGUCGCGACGUGUCCGUGCAGUGAGUGAGAGUGAGUGACGUGAAGUGACUGUGUACGAAGUACUUAGGUGAUGACAAUUAGCGUAAUGUUUAUUAUUAGGAGAUCCGAUAUUUGAAAAUGUACGUAUUUGCUAUUCUGUAUGAACUUUGUCAAAUAUAACAUUUACUAUGACGAG